UCCACGGAACGCUACAUGGCUGACGCACCGGGUCCACCACGCAGGCACGCUGAGUCAUCAUCCUUCCCCCUUCUUCCUCCGGAACAUCGGGAGAGGAGAAGGGUAAACCACAAACGCGCCGGCCAAAACCCUAACCCAUGGUGGCAUUCACCACUGCCACCGCUGCCGCGGUGCCGACUCCGUGCCGCCCCUCCAUCCUUGUCGCGCGCUCGCCGGUGGGACGGUGGACGCCGCUCCGUCGCUCGCCGCCGGCCGUGGGCCUCCGGCGAGGGCCCGCGCAGCCUCGACGGGGUGCUACGCUCCUGGUUGAAGCGAAGAGGCAAAUUUUUUCUUCAUUUGAUGAGUUACUGGAGAAGUCUGAGAAGCCUUUACUAGUUGACUUCUAUGCAACUUGGUGUGGUCCAUGCCAAUACAUGGUUCCCAUACUUCAAGAAGUUAGUGAAAAGUUAAGUGACAAGAUUCAAGUUGUGAAAAUUGAUACUGAGAAGUACACAAGCAUUGCAAAUCGCUACAAAAUUGAAGCAUUACCGACUUUCAUCAUCUUCAAGAAUGGGAAGCCUUGCUAUCGCUUUGAGGGUGCAUUGCCUGCUAACCAGCUGAUCGAACAGAUUGAGAGUGCUUUGGCGGUCACAAAGUAGCACAUAUGGUGAGGAGGGCAGAAAUGUUUCCCAAGAAUGUGUGCUGCUACCUCAUAACAUGUGCCUCUACAUGUUAAGUUUUAUGAUCAGAGAUGUACAUUCUUGAUUAUUGUUCAAAAGACCCUACUUGGAUUACGAUAUGAAUUGACAUUUUUCCUCACA